AUUACUCUAGCCUAACAUCAUUAACCUCAUAGACAAGAUGAGACAAGGUUGUCCUGUAAGCCUGUAACAGUUUCUGAGUAGUAAUGGAUUAAUGGGGGCUCAUGAGCUAAUCACUGCAAACAAGAACUUCAAAAUAGGAGAGCAGUUGCAUUCCUCAACUGGAAUUGAUAUUCAUUAGUAGUACCAUAAAUAGUAUGGUAUAUGUUAUUGCAACUUAUAUGUUAAUUAUUUUUCAGAUUAUUUCCCCUCUAUCCUAUACUCCAUGACAUAUGUACAUGGAUGUAAAUAUAUGCAUAUUUAAGAUACACUGACUUGGAGACUCUGGUUAUUUGUGUCGUCUUCCCCCUCCCCCCCCCCCCCCUCUGCCCUUUUUUCCUAAAAAACCUUCUUAUGGAGUAGGUUAUGGGUAAAUAUUUCCUUUUCAAUAUUACAAGAUAUUUGCUUCAAAACCAUGUGUUUCAGUAACCCUUUCAGAGAGCUAAAAAUUUGAUAAUGAAGGUUUUUUUAGCGUUUGGAUUUGUACAUAAGAUUGCUACCUUUGAAAAGACAGCUGGAUUUCAGGCACUAGUUCAAUUUUCCAAUUCUGAAACCGCCUCUGCGGCAAAAAAUGCCCUGGAUGAGAGAAGCAUACCCAGUUACUUGCUUCCUGACCAUGUAGGGCCAUGUACCCUCCGGAUAAAUUUUUCUGCACAUACGGAUUUGAAUGUGAAAUUUCAGAGUCACCGCAGUAGGUAAGUAUGAAGUCAUUCUUUUAGUCAGGAGACUGAAGUAUUCACAAUACCUUGAUGAUUUCAAGCUUACAGACACCACAUUGUUUUAGUGAAUUUUGCUAUAUCUCUUUCUUUAUU